CAGCAAGCCGAGUGCUAACGUAACCCCCCAAAAACAUCAUACCAGUAGUAGAGAAAGCCCGAGCUUUCUUCGGUUACAUACCUGUAACUCGCUUUUCUUCUGUAUAACAAUACAUGUUGACAACAACCUCAAUUACACCUUUUCAAAUUCGUCGCCGACCUUGACAUAAUCAAUAUGGAUUUAGGAGAAGCAGGCGAUUCACCCUGGGGCGAUGUCCCGUCUCAAUCUUCUUCGGUUCCUCCGUCAUUCAACCAAGAGGAUAGCUCGACCAAAACCCAAGAUAUCGAAUCGUCGCAGCAAUCCCAAUCUUCCAUCAAGUCACCUACAGGACGAGGUCCAAGGGGUCCGAUACGACGACUAGUAGCUCAGUCUACAAAACUCGAAGCCGCCGAUGAUCCGUUAGGCCCAUUGGGCCCCCUUGGAGGAAAUGCAGGCCCUGGCGCAGAUGCGCAGGCCGACGAACCGCCGGUUCCACCGCAGAAGGAACAGAUGGUAAUCCGAACAACGAUGCCGCAACAAGCGCCAAAGAGAGCAGGCCCUUCUGAUCCUCACCGCAUCGAAGACGAUGAACUUGAAAGACCAACAGGCCCGAGAGCCCCUCCUCCCGUCCAGGCUGCGCAACCGAGCCCGAUCAGAGUUACAGGCCAGCCAAGUGUCAGCAUCGAGCAGGCAGCCAAACCAAUCUUCCAGAUUUCUGUUGGCGAUCCGCAUAAAGUUGGAGACUUAACCAGCUCCCAUAUUGUUUAUUCCGUUCGUACAAAGACUACGUCUAAGGGAUACAGGCAACCCGAGUUUGAGGUAAAAAGAAGAUACCGCGAUUUCCUAUGGCUUUAUAACACAAUGCAUGGGAACAAUCCCGGUGUUGUAGUCCCCCCGCCUCCUGAGAAACAAGCCCUCAACCGUUUCGAAACCAACUUCGUCGAAUCCCGCCGAGCCGCUCUAGAGAAGAUGUUAAACAAGAUUGCCGCCCAUCCGACACUACAACACGACCCCGAUCUAAAACUAUUUUUGGAAAGCGAAUCCUUUAAUGUCGAUGUCAAACACAAGGAGAGAAGAGAGCCUAUACCCGGAGAGAGCAAGGGUGUCCUAGGAUCCCUCGGUAUCAAUGUCGGAGGCGGUAGCAAGUUUGUUGAACAAGAUGAUUGGUUCCACGAUCGACGAGUUUACCUUGACGCACUAGAAAACCAACUAAAGGCCUUAAUGAAGUCUAUGGAUACGAUGGUCAAUCAACGAAAGGCUAUGGCGGAAGCAGCCGGGGAGUUCUCUGCCUCUCUACAUGCUCUUUCAACCGUGGAGCUAAGCCCUUCUCUUUCCGGUCCGCUAGAUGCCUUGUCAGAUCUACAGCUUACCAUACGAGAUGUAUACGAUCGACAAGCUCAGCAAGACGUCCUAACCUUUGGUAUUACCAUCGACGAAUACAUCCGGUUAAUAGGUAGUGUCAAGCAAGCCUUCUCGCAACGACAGAAGGCAUUCUACUCAUGGCAUAGCGCUGAGUCGGAGAUGCAGAAGCGCAAGUCUGCUCAAGACAAGCUCCUCCGGCAGGGACGAUCCCAGCAAGACCGACUCAACCAGGUUGGUGCCGAGGUUGCUGAUGCCGAACGCAAGGUUCAUCAAGCCCGAUUGCUAUUUGAGGAUAUGGGCCGAUUAAUGCGGUCGGAGCUUGACCGCUUUGAAAGAGAGAAGGUUGAGGACUUUAAGUCCUCUGUCGAGACAUUCUUGGAGAGUGCUGUUGAAGCGCAAAAGGAGUUAAUUGAGAAAUGGGAAACUUUCCUGAUGCAACUGGACGCCGAGGACGACGAGACAGUGUUCUAUCGCCCGCCUAUCUACCAGGGUAACGAUAAGGGCGCUGGUCGUGGUGAUACCGCGGUGGAUCGAGCAAGGGCUACCAUUGAUGAAGACUCGGAUUAAUUGUAGUUUUGUAGUUCCACCGUUGAGGGUGUUUAAAACUUGAUAUCCUUCAUACAAUACAAAUGGCGAGUUCCGGUGCUCCGAGUCUUUGAACAGAUGUAUACAUAGAUGUACAAUUGCUAUGAGUUGCUCGUCUCUAGAAACCAGUUCACGCAAUAGAUGCGCGUG